AUGGAGACGGCCGCCGUGCCCGUGUCCAGAUCGGCCUGCCGCGCCACGCUCCCCUCCUCCUUGGCGCCCCGCCAGAGCCGCGUCGCGCUCCCCCGCCGGGCCGCGCCGAUGCAGCGCCUCGUCACGCGCCGAUCGGCUGCUGCCGACGACAAUGCGGCAGCGGAGGAGCGCCCUAUCGAGAAAAAGUUCACUGCCUUCCCGGCCGUCAUGGACAUCAACAAGAUCCAGGAGAUCCUGCCCCACAGGUUCCCAUUCCUAUUCGUAGAUAAAGUGAUCGAGUACAAGGCGGGAGAGUACGCUGUUGCGAUCAAGAAUGUAACAAUAAACGACAACUUUUUCUGUGGGCAUUUCCCAGGCCGACCCAUAAUGCCUGGUGUUCUCAUGGUUGAGGCUAUGGCGCAGGUUGGAGGGAUUGUGAUGUUGCAACCUGAAGUUGGUGGAUCAUCACAAAACAAUUUCUAUUUCGCAGCGAUAGACAAAGUGAGGUUCCGCAAGCCAGUACUUCCUGGGGAUACUUUGGUCAUGAGAAUGACGCUAGCUAAUCCUCAGAAGAGAUUUGGGUUUGCGAAGAUGGAAGGGAAAGCUUACGUGGAUGGUAACAUAGUAUGUGAGGGGGAAUUCGUCCUUAAGAGCGCGGCAGGUCAACACAAAGAGACCUAG